CGCCGGCCACGACAUCUGUCGCGCUAGACUCUCGUCGACCCAGACCAGGACAGACUACCCCCCCACAAACACACCCACGCUAAGCCCUACCCUUCACUCCUCCCAUCCCCAUCUUUCCCUCGACGUUGAUGCCGGGCGUACGCCUCGCAGACCCUGUAAAGACCCACCAACCCCGCAAGUCGCACCAGACAUGUCUUUGGCCGCCCUCCGCCAGCGCGACCGCGAUGUAACGCCCACGUUGCACGACUGGGUGCAGCAACCCGACCUCUCUACCCGCCUGGUCCACAUCGGCUCGCAAUACCUGCACGGCAUCCAGGCCCCGGCGGCGGACAGCCUGGUGCUCGAACAGGAGUCCAUCAAGAGCGUCUCGUCCAUGGCGCCGGCUCUGAUCCACCAGUCCAAUGCCUCGACUCAUAGUCCCCCGUCGCUGCACUCGUGCUGCACCGAAGCCACGCCUACCGAGACGAGCGUUAGUACGGGCCUCGCCGGCCAUCUUGCCGGGUAUCAGCUGCUUGAAGAGGGCCACGAGGGUAUCCUCGAAAUGCCACAUGGCAAUGGCCGCGCGCCCGUGUUUGAAUGUGCUUUUUGGUUCCUCGACUGCGGUUAUAUCUCGCGCAACCAAGAGGAGUGGGAGCGACAUUGCUUAUCGCAUUUCCGUGGCGAGGAACCCCCCUUGAAAGUGCAAUGUCCACUUUGUGACUGGACGGCUCACGCAUGUGAGGGUGGAGGCCAUGCUGCUUGGGCUGCUCGCAUGCAUCACGUUGCUUCUGCUCAUGUCAUGUAUGGCCAGACGCUACGGACAAGUCGACCGGAUUUUGCCCUUUUCGAAUAUUUAUGGCAACAACGCUUGAUUGAUGCAGAGGAUCUUAAGGAACUCAAGGCGGGCAAUCACAACUUGACUCGUCCGCCGGGCAAUUUCGUCGAGAUGGGUGGUGCAAGACGGGAAAGAGGAGGACGACCGCACCGGACGCAGCAUGUUAGGAUGACGAGACAGUCAUGAUGUUUACCCCUUCCCUUCUUCACUCCUCCCUUUUUCUUAUUUCUUUGCUCCUGCUCUUUUCUCAUGCGGGUUCGGCGCACAUCUUUCCUAUUACCAUUGUCCGCAGACUGGCACACCAAGGACACACACAAAAAGCAUAGCCUCGGCGUUAUUCUGGCGUUUUUCUUCUUGUUCGGGGACCCUACAGGAUUUCUCUUCUCUUCUCGUUUUUUUCUUCUUCUCGUAUUCCUGACUUCAAGUUGCUGCCUGGAGAGCCCCUCCUCUUAUCCAUUUUUUUUUCUGUACGACUGACCCCACAUUAAGUCGGUUAAUUCAUCUAUUCUUCAGAAAAAAUCAAUGGAACAGUAUGUAUGUACAUAUAAAUGUCCACGCGUGACUUUUCCAAAAGAAAAACCAAAACGAGUAAAAGAGGCAUUAAAUUUUCGAAGGGAAAACACUCUUAUAUCCCCUCUCUCUAUCUCACUCCAC